ACAUGUGUGGUGUGGUGUGUGAGUAAACACCAUUCGGAAGUUGUUUGGUAUUGUCACUCUCCUAGCUGUCGUGUACACAGUUAAAAGUAUCGACUCGGAGUUAUCAUCACCCGUUAACAGCUGGCGUUAACAUCUGAUAAAACAUUCACAAGAGCGUGAUUCGAGUCGCUCAUCCUGUUUUAUCUAUUCGGAUCGCCUAUCAUACACUGGUAAAUGAAAAAAUGUUGGUUUUAUUGUAAUCAAUGGACCGCUCUGAUAAGUCGACUUGGUACAGUACUAUCUCGUGGUGUUUAUUUAUACACAUGUCCAUAGUGUUAUCGGUAGUAACUGGUCUUCCGGGCCUGGACAGGGAAUUUGAGUGCGCAACCUCUGGACCACUAUAUACUGCCGGGGACUGGCGAGGCAUGCGAGGCUAUCUAAAUGAUGACGUUUUAUAAGAAUGACGGUCAGUUGGUGGAAAUCAAGCCGUUUGUCCAUCAAGUCGGCGGGCAUACGUGUUUGUUUGAAAUAACACAGGAAACAGUAUGUAAACCAUACCAGGAGCGGGAGUUCCAGUUUUACCAAAAUCUUCCCGAGAAUAUGAAGGACUUUACUCCACAUUACAAAGGUCUGGUCGGUGUCAAGUGUUGUCAUGACAACGACAGUCCAACGUUCUACGCUGAAGUACCUGGGUAUAUCCUUCGGAACACUGAACAACAAAGGUACAUGCAGAGGAGUGAUGAGGUGAAAUCAGGACUAAACAACUGGAGUGUAUCCUGUAUAGAUAGACAGAUACAGCGAAAUGGCUUCUGGUCCGACAAUGGUGACCAAAAAUUUAUCAUGCUGGGGAAUCUUGUUGGAUCACUGAGGAUGCCUUGUAUAUUGGACCUCAAGAUGGGAACCAGACAACAUGGAGAUGAUUCAUCAGAGGAGAAGAAAAAAUUGCUAAAAGAUCGAUGCGCACAGUCCACAUCUGCUACCCUAGGUCUUCGUAUCUGUGGCAUGCAGGUCUACCAGGCAGAAACCAAUACCUACCUUUCUUACAACAAGUACCAUGGUCGGGCCUUGGACGACAAUGGUCUUCGUCAAGAUUUACGGCAGUUCUUUCACAACACCGGCUCUCUAAAUAUACGUGAGGUGUCCCGGAUGAUACAAAAACUGCGCAGACUCCAUCAUGUGCUAUCUACACAAGAUACGUUUUACUUUUUCUCCUCUUCUCUGCUGCUUUUUUACGACGGUUAUAUUGAGGAUUAUCAGAAUUACGACCAAUCAAAACAAACAACUGCAUAUUCUGAACAAAUUUCUGACAAAUCAGAGGAGGAUUUGUCCGUCAGCAGUUCAUCUCGUGAUCUCCCCGAAGGAUGUAAAAUGGAAAAAGCUGAUGAUGGGAACUUCUACCCGUUUGGUUGUGACGACGUUUCAGGCACGGCAGAUGCCCGGAUGAUUGAUUUUGCGCACACGGUUCUGAGGACGGACGUACAGGAACACCAGGCUGGCGUAGAGGAAGGAAUUUUAUUUGGUUUAGUUAAUCUUAUAGACAUACUGCAGUCAAUCGCCGACGGCUAAUAUGUACCUGUUAUUGGGUUUUUAAGUUUUAUUGAGGAAAAUUUAUUGCCACAGGUUGCCUUGGUAUUGCCUACUUAAUUUUUCCAUAUUCAAAACGCAUGUGGAAUUUUACAUUACAUCUGGUAAACUAUUUAGAUGUUAAUUGAAAAUGUCUAAUUAUUAACGAUUUUCAAAAAAAAAAAUAAGAUUUAGACACAUUUUUUUCAAUCAAUUAUCAUUCCGUGAGAAUUAAAAUAACAUUGUUAAUCCCUUUAUUAUCUCUAUUUUAAAUCUGCUGAAAGUACCCCCACUGUAAUGCAACUUUGUGUUUUAUUUUACCAAGUAUUGUUUUAAAUAUAUCUUUAAUGUAUUAACCAUGUUAUCGGGGUAAGAACAGAUAUCAUCCUGCUGAUUUGCUAUUUUUUUAAUCUUUUGAACAAAUGAAAUAGCUUAAACAUGAGUGUUCAAUUUUACAUGACAUUUUCAAGGAUGUAGAAUAUAUUUACAUAUCGAGAACAGAAGUCGUUGUUAUGAUAUUCAUGUGUACAUAUAUUAUUGGCAGCACAUGUAAUAUUUUUCCAUAUUGAUACAAUUGUUAUAUUUUGGAAUUUGAAUUUUUACUUAAUUAACUUUUACAUACCGAACAGUGCUGCCAUUUUGGAAUGCUAUGAGAAAUGUGGCAAUAUUUGUAACAUUGGGACCUCUAUGUACUUGUUGAUCCAGUGAUCGUGUUAUGGUUAGCCGCACUCACGAUGUAUACUUCGCCUUUUAACUUGUAAAUAACAGAAAACUGUUCUAGUUCCCAUUGACAGUGUGUGUGACUCACGUGACAUUUUCAUCGUACAAACCGCUUCAUGUUUGUUUUAUUCCAACGUUCGGUUGCAAAAACAUAUUUAUAUACCAUAUUUGUACGUUCUAACCAAUGUUUGCGACACACAUUCUCCAUCUUCUCAUUGAUAACUUCACCAGCUGGUUUUGUAGGCCACUUUGGUGGCUGUUUCCUGUCAGUUAGUUGAGUUUCACUGAGAAACAACAGGGGGAAUCUGGGAUGGUAUCACAAACAUAAGUUAGUAGGUACAAGUUUGAUAGGCAGUUUAGGCUAUAUAUCGUGUAGAUAAUAUGUUGCUGUGAAAGAAGCUAUAACAUAAAACAUACCUGAUGCUGCUAUCAGCAUUUCAUUUUGUCACCCACGCACCGAUUGAGGUCAUUCCAGUUAGGAGUAAAUGUUAUUUUGCGAAUAUUAACACACACAAGUUGGCUGGGCAUCAGAAUGUUUUGGAAAAAAUGUUACAUUGUAUUCAUGAUGGUGACAUAGUUGUUUUAUUUUUGUAUUGGGAUGAACGUUUUCCCAACAGCUGACGUUUUUCAAACACGUGUAAACAUUAACAAAAACAAAACACAGAUUACGAGAGAUGGGUUACAAAAAAACGGAAGAAAAUAUCAAUUGAAUGGACAAUGUGAUAAUGUUAGUUUUUCUGUUUGGCCCCGAAUAUCCUAAAGGGGCCCAUAUCCCUCUCCUUUUAAAAAUACAACCAUCAAGAUUCAACAGGGGCCCCAUAUCCCUCUCAUUUUAAAAACACAACCAUCGAGCUUCUACGGUGGUCCAUAUACCUUUUCUUUUAAGAUACACAGCAAUGGAAUGCGGCAGGUUUUAAUGCAUAUUUUUCCAUUGAAUCUUAAAACAGAAAACAUGGAGAAAACAACCCAGGUUCUGCAGGUGCUUCCAUAUGAGGAAACCAAUAUGUAGCAGCACAUUCGAUUUUCUAUAAUGGACGUAUAUUUAGCAGGUUGUCUCUUUUUAAUCAAUACGUUCUCCUACUAGUAAGAUUUUUAAUCGAUAUAAAUAUAUUCUCUCUAAUAAGUUAGAAUAGGGAUACCUAACUUCUUGUAAAUAAACCCGAUAUUUUUAUGUCGGAAUCAAAUGUUAACAAUAUUUUUACAUUCGCAUUUUGUGCGUAUGUGGUAUUUACUGCAUUGAUCUAUGAUAAUAUUUCCAUUAUUUCAUUGUAUCAAAUAAAUGUUCGGUGCGUCUAGCUGUAAGGUGAAAGUCCAUACGGUAAUCUUGCCAGAGUUGUCUCCCAUUAAUGAUGCAGUCCUAACGUGCCUGACGUUAACGAUAACCAUGUCUGGCUAAUCUUCCAGUGCAUGUCAUACAGCUUGCCAGUUAUGCAUCAAUUAAUUGUCAACGCAUCCUUUGUUCUUUUUCAUAACCAGCAAGUCUUAAUUAAAUACACUUUUUUUUAGUAAAUUAACGACAUGAAUAUUGCUCAAUUAAACAGGGUUAUUUUUCCAAGCCAAGUGUACUUUUUGUUUAAACUUGGAAAAAAUUAAAAUGAGAUAAUAACUAUUUCAUAUAAGUUUGUGUUGUUCAUGUUAUACGUAUGAUAAAAGUUGAAUUAAAAAAGUAAUUUUGGUAAAAAGUUACAUUUCUAUCAAACUUUUUUAUUGAUAUUUAAUUGACCAACUCAAUGUGCAUCAUUCCUUUCUUUGUUAUGUUUAGACAGUUUUUAUCUCUUAGAUAAUAUUUUAUUUGUUUGUUGUCAUUAAAUCACAUUUUUUUUAUAUUUUUCAUUUUUUACUUCGGCCUAAGCAGAGUAUCAAAUAAUGUAUUGAAGGGUUUAAACAGUUCCUAGUACAAACGUUUAAUAAUAUAUAAUCGUAGACAUACUGAAACACUUUAACCAUUUACGCAAUACUAAGUAUGUCUUUUUAUAGAAACACCACACGUGUUCAUUUUGACGUUGGAAUAGUAUACACUGUAUAUGGUUUAUGUAUUUUUAGUCUGCAAUUUUUCAUUAAUAAUUACUUAUGUUCACGUCUUUCUUUUUCAAUCAAUGUAUUGUUAUUUCUAAACAUGCUAUGUUUCAAUGUUGAUAACUUUAUUGUUACUGUUUCAAACAUAUAACUCUAUUUUACUGUAAUUAUAUAAAGAUUGUACUAAUGACAAUGAUUUAUUCUUAUUCGUCGUAAUAUCAAUGAUAAAUGAAUUUAUUAGGUAUAUUUUAUACAAAUUAUAAAGUAAUAUUAUUUAUGAAUAUUCGCGUAAUUGAAGAUAUUUGUUGACAUUCAUUUUAAAACCAUAUUUUUAUAAUAUGUUGUAUUUCCUUACACCAUAGUGACAAAACAAUGCGAAACAUCUAAUUGCUAAGACAAACAAACACGUUAUUUUCAUGCAUCAUUGGAAAAUGAUGAUUUAAAUAUGUCUAUUUUCUACCUGAAAUGAAAUAAAGUCUCUUAUCGAAA